UGUUCUCAUUUCCGCUUCCCCUUUCUGAGCUGGCAACAGAAAUUUAAUGAGGACAGAGAGAAAGGUACAACAUGCAAUAUGAUACUCUGUCACUGUCCUCACUCAGAUCCCCAUACCUGGGAAGGGCUUCGCCCGGCUUCACUAACCGCUCUGCCUCAAACUUUGCUCCCUACCUGCGGACAGGACCCAGCUACGGGGCUGUGACUGGUGUCAACUCUGAUUGGCCUGUGUUACUCUAUAACCACCCUUAAAUGUUCUGAAUGGCACAGCAAUCCGAAAGCAAUGUGGAAUCCCAGGCAGACUUUUUCCUCUCAACUGGAACUUUGUUGGACCUGCUGCUGAACUGACAGCUCUCCAAGCAGCAUUCCUGGGGCAGGAGGCCCUAAAGUCUGAGCCAGGGCCAUGGAGGGCUCUGUGCUGAGCCCUACAUCCUGGGAGAAACGGCGGGCCUGGCUCCAGCAGAGCCGCCACUGGCAGACCCAGGUCCUGGAGGAGGAGGCCACAGCUGCCCUGCAAGAUGUCUCAGAUCCAGAACCUUCCAGCCUGGACGAUGUUUUCCAGGAAGGAAAUCCAAUCAACAAGAUUGAAGACUGGUUGCAGGAUUGCGGAUACUCUGAAGAAGGGUUUUUUGAGGAAACAGGACAGUCAAGCUACAAUGGGUGUCUCAGCCACGGAACCAGCUUUGAAGAUGACUUGACCCUAGGAGCAGAGGCCACACUAUUGGCCACUGAAGGCAGGGUCUUCUCCAGGAGCUUCCUGGACCCAGUACGGCCCUGCCAACUCCUUGAUCUUGGCUGCAGCUUGGCCUCCAGCAGCAUGACGGGUGGCACCAACAAGACUAGUUCAAGCGUCUCUGAGAUCCUGGACAAGGUGCAAGAAGAUGCAGAGGAUGUCCUCUUCAGUCUGGGCUUUGCCCAAGAGGACCACAAGGAAACUUCGCGGAUUCCUGCCCGAUUUUUCACCACCCCCUCUCAGGCCAGAGGCAUUGAUUUCCAGCUUUUCCUGAAGGCCCAGGUGCAGAGGAUAGAGAUGGAGGACCCUUGCCUCAUGCUGGCCAGCAGGUUUAAGCAGGUGCAAACACUGGCUGUCACUGCUGAUGCCUUCUUCUGUCUCUACUCCUAUGUGUCUAAGACACCUGUCCAAAAGUUUACACCAUCCCACAUGUUCUGGAAUUACAAUCCAACUGAUGUGCCAUCCAUCAGGAUUCUGGCUCCAGAACCUGAACCUCAGUCACCCAGAGACCGCCUCCGGAAAGCCAUCUCCAAGAUGUGCCUGUAUACAAGCCCCCGAGAUCGGCUGUCACCACCCCAUAAUAUCCCCAAAAGGAACAGUCUGGACCAAGUGGUGUGGGAAGUAAUGGACAGAGUGAAAGGAGAGAAGAUGGUCUUCCAGCAAGACCCUGGAUUUGAGCCAGGCUCAGAGGAAGAUCCUAUGCCACUCAUCAGGGAUACAAAGCUACCCACUUUUUCUGGACUCUGUACUCUUUGCCCCAGAGAAGAAACACAGCAGGGAAUGUCUGCAAUGCAAGCACCAUCACAAAUUCUGCAUCCUAAACCAGAGGCAACCCGUUGCAUGCAUUCUCUGCCCUUACAGCAGAGAACAGACCCUGCACAGGUAAAAAGAGAGCCAUGGGGUCUACAGGCCACCAAUAAGGAAGCCAAGGAUGAGACUUUCUGGAGAAGAAAGAGCAGAGCAAAAAAGAGCUUGUUUCAGAAGAAUCCCAUGAGCAGGAGAGUUAAGUCAUUGGACCUGUCCAUCAUGCAGCAGAGCCGAGAGCAACCAGCAUGGCACCAGUCUCUGACCCAGCAGCUACAGGACACUUGUGACUUGGAGGAGACAAGUGAGUUGGGGGCAAGAGAGAGGCUGGCAGAUAAAGGUUCUGGAUUCUUGCCUUUCAGUAAAGGGAAUCCAGACUCCCUGUCCUCACCAGAUAUACCAACUCUUGAAUUACAUUCCAAAAACUUUGGGAACCAGUUAAUAGAGAAGAAGAAAGAUAAAUGGGCUUGAUUUCUUAAGAUCAUCCAGGUUUUCAGAGCUUUCCUAAUUCCUCAUCUGAUCUGAUCUUCACUAAAGUUCCUCAUCAAGCACACCUGGCUCUAUCAUUUGUGGGAUCUGCACCAGAAUACACAUAGAUGCUGGUUAUACACUAAGCUAAACACUAGUAAAUAAAAUGUGCUCUCUUCUACCUUAAUAAAUUUGUAACCAUAAAGA